UCUUCUUUUUAAUGUACAUGUCUGCACUGGAAAAAGGGCUUUUAAUUUCAUUGUUAACUUGUAUAAUGAUAAUAAAAUGCAUUCUACAUUAGCAAGCAAUAUGGAGGGAAGCAGCAAACGGAAAGGGUUCGCUUUUAGCUUAGCUGUAAGUCCACUUGGGUGUGGUGGCAGGUUUUCCUACUUUCAUCACUGUUCACAUCCUGUCUGACUUCAAGCUAAACCCCGCUGAGGUUUUAUUGGAAGAAGACAGUCUGUCUUGUUUCUCUUCAGAAAUGGAGGAUGAUAUUGCUGCUCUCGUUGUUGACAACGGCUCCGGUAUACUCAAGGUUGGGUUUGCUGGGGAUUAUGCUCCUUGUGCCGUUUUCCCCUCCAUUGUUGGKCGACCCAGACACCAGGGUGUGAUGGUGGAAAUGUGCCAGAAGGACAGCUUUGUGGGAAACAAGGCCCUAAGCAAGAGAAGCAUCCUGACCCUGAAGUCUCCCAUCGAGCGCGGGAUCAUCACCGACUGGGACGACAUGGAGAAGAUCUGGCAUCACAUCUUCCUCAACGAGCUCCGUGUCGCUCCGGAGGAACAUCCGGUCCUACUGACAGAAACUCCUCUCAACCCCAAAUCCAACAGGGAGAGAACGACCCAGAUCAUGUUUGAGACGUUCAGCUCUCCUGCCAUGUAUUUGGCCAUCCAGGCUGUCUUGUCGCUGUAUGCCUCCGGUUGUGUCACAGGCACAGUGAUAGACUCUGGUGAUGGUGUCAGCCACACUGUGCCCAUCUAUGAAGGCCACGCUCUUCCUCACGCCGUCCUACGUCAGAAUCUGGCUGGCAGAGAUCUGACAGACUACCUGAUGAWGAUMCUCACAGAGARAGGCUACAKCUWCACUACCAAUUCUGAGCGUGAGAUUGUGCMCAACWUCAAGGARAASCUCUGCUAUGUGGCUYUGGACUUUGAGCAGGAGAUGAAGACGGCAUCUUCCUCCUCUUCCCUGGAGGAAAGCUAUGUGCUUCCUGACGGCCAAGUCGUUACCAUUGGCAACGAGCGUUUCCGCUGCCCAGAGGCGCUCUUCCAGCCGUCUUUCAUCGGAAUGGAUUAUGCAGGUAUUCAUGAAACCACUUACARCAGCAUCAUGAAGUGUGACGUUGACAUYCGUAAGGAUCUGUUUGCCAACAUUGUCCUUUCCGGCGGUAACACCAUGUUCCCUGGAAUCGCUGACCGCAUGAGGAAGGAGAUCACUGCCCUGGCUCCAUCCACCAUGAAGAUCAAGAUCACCUAUCCACCAGAGAGGAAGUACUCGGUCUGGAUCGGCGGCUCCGUCCUGGCCUCGCUCACCACCUUCCAACAUAUGUUAAUCAGCAGGCAGGAGUACAAUGAGUCCGGUCCAGCUAUCGUCCACCACAAGUGCUUCUGAAGCGUCCUCCCUGUCCCAGAGAGGCGCCUGAUUUUCAGCUGCUGCAUCGUCUGGUUCAUCUGGUGGAAGCAGCUCAAACAUCCUGUUGGACAUUUUAGUUUGAUUAUUCUUUUAGUGAUGUUUAACCAUAGCACUUGUAGAAAUAUUAGAUUGAUCCUGAGUGUUUUGAGUAGGCCUCAAUUUCGAUUAGAUUUAGAUUCAUGAUUUAAUCAAUAAUCUGAUCAGUAGAAAAUAUUUCUUAGUUAUAAUGAGCAACAUUUGAUUAAAAUUACUCUAAUCAGUAGGUCUUUUUUUAUAUUAAACCACAGUCUUAACAAGUGUGUAAGUCAUAUAUUCAUCUGAAAAUGUUUUAGUUCAUUAUAACCAAAGAAGUUGAAAACUAACCAGAAAAUGUURAGUGUAACAGAUGUUUUGGUAUUGAAGCUGUUAAUGUCUGUUUUAUAAGAGUUUAAAGAUAUUAUAAGAAAUGUGUGCCAAUUUUUAUGAUCAGAAUCUGCUGUUUGAUKCCCUGGGUCAGAGGUCAGAGGUCUGUAGAGCUCUGUGCGGUUCAGGAACCAGUUUGAGGCAGUUUGGAAGAAUGUAAAAUACAGAUAGCUGAUAAACUUCGGCCCAUUUUCUUGAGAAAAAUGUUUCCUUAUGAAAUGAAAACAUUAAUUGUUCCUACCCUGGGAAAAUAUGCAGGGAGGAUUAGACGGCGAUGAAUUCAUCCUUGGUAACACCUGCAGGGUCGCUGGCGUACAGGUAGCACUUCAUGACAUGGUGCUGUUUGUACACAGGCAGAGACCAACUCUAAACAUUAGAAYGCAUCAGACAGUAAAAACACACAUUGAUAAAAAAGUAAUUGAGCUAAAACAGCCAAUCAGAUCCCUGGGCUUUAACCACACAGCGCUCUCUGGAGACGGGUCUUUGUAUUUUUAUAUGUUUCCAAGGUAAUUAAUUUCUUCUUUGUGGCUUUGGUUUCUGAGGAAUAUGUUAGGCUGUUGGUGUGAUUUUAUCCACUUGAUUGUUUGAAUAAAUUCUAGUUGAUUGUGAAGUUGAA